GCUCGACUCCAUGCCAUUUAAUUUUAAUGGUGACAAUUUUAUUUGUCAAGUUUAAGAAUGUGGUACCAGCAAAUAUUUGGCUUCAUCCUUAAAAAUGUGACUAAAAUAAAAUAAAAAAAUGUUUGCAGAUCACCAGUUCAUUGACUAUUUAUACAGGGAACUAAAUAUUUAUUAUGGGGAAUCAAAUGUUACUGCUCUACUAAAAGAGUCAGGAGAGAUUUACACUUGUGGCCAUUCAUGCUGCCUUUUCUCUUUCCCAGUUUUUGUUUGGGUGUUUUAAUCAGAAUUUACACCUCAGUUUACAUUACAGUUGCUGCAGUAGGUUUUGUUGGGGUAAAAUGUUUAUCUGUUUAUCAAAAAAUGCUUGUCUGUUUAUUUCUAUAAACAAAGAAUAAUCAUUUAAAAAUAAUAAAAGCCAUUCAGCUCAGCUCUACUUUAUCAGAAGUAAAACUGUUUUACAGCAUUAACUAUUAGACUCGAUCAGUAGCAGGAAGGACCAACUUGCUACUGUGUGCAAUUUUUUACUUUCCUCCCAAAUUAAACAGCUAUAAAUGAGCCUGAAAUUCAAAACAAAUCAAACUACUUCUUCUUUUUCUUUUUUUAGUAGGUGCGAUGUGUACACAGCUGAGAGAAAUAUUUGUGAAAAUAUGAGGACAGCUCCCCUCUGAGUACACAGGGUACAGUAUAAUCUGGGCAAGGCCUGGCGGGGUUAUGUGCUUGCAUGUGUGUGUUUGCUUAAGUGUGUUUUUGGAGGUCGGCUGCCUCUUCCUUCACUAAGCCCCUCACACCACAGACCUCAGUGAACCAGCAGAAGAUCAGCAGCAUCUCAUUGCACGGCUUCACAGACUAUUCACAGGGGGGCGACAUGAAGCUGCUGGUGUUGCUCGGUAUUGUCUUCUGCCUCUUUGCCUGUCACCUCAGUGAGGCCAGGAUCAUCCCAGAAGGAGUGCCUUAUGAUGAACCACCAGCUGUUCCCUACUGGCCGUACACCACCUCUGACUUCUGGAACUACAUUGAGUACUUCAGAUCCAUCGGUGCCUACAACUACAUCAAUGAGAUGGCCCGGGCCUUCUUCGCCCACCAGCCCAUAGGAGACACUCUAGGAUAUGAGACCAAUGCAGGACAUGAACACUAAGAGAGGUGCUAGACCCAAAAGAGAGAAAAAGUAACAAGAGCAUGACAUGAAAAAAAAAAAGUUAUCAUGAGGGUUUAUUAAAGGGAAAUAAGGAAAUUAUUAUAAAUAUGAAACAAAAGGGGGAUGUGAAAAGGAACACAGUUUUUUUUAGUAGCUUAGUCACAUAUAUACAAUAGAAUUAGACAUAAAUAGCCCUCUUAUUGUCAUAUAAAGUGCCACAAAUAAAUAAAC